CCUGGGCCUGGGCUCGCCAUCCCAGGGUCACUGGACUAGGAUGGGGGAUGGGCCUGUGACAGGAGGUGCCCUGGGUGUCCUCUUUCGGCCCCAUGGAGUCCUCCCCCAUCCCCCCGUCAUCAGGGAACUCUUCCACUCUGGGGAGGGUCCCUCAAACCCCAGGUCCCUCUACUGCCAGUGGGGUCCCGGAGGUAGGGCUGCGGGACGUGGCUUCAGAAUCUGUGGCCCUCUUCUUCAUGCUCCUGCUGGACUUGACCGCUGUGGCUGGCAAUGCUGCUGUGAUGGCUGUUAUCGCCAAGACACCCGCCCUUCGAAAGUUUGUCUUUGUCUUCCACCUCUGCCUGGUGGACCUGCUGGCUGCCCUGACCCUCAUGCCCCUGGCCAUGCUCUCCAGCUCCGCCCUCUUUGACCGUGACCUCUUUGGGGAGGUUGCCUGCCGCCUCUACUUGUUCCUGAGCGUAUGCUUUGUUAGCCUGGCCAUUCUCUCGGUGUCGGCCAUCAACGUGGAGCGCUACUAUUAUGUGGUCCACCCCAUGCGCUACGAGGUGCGCAUGACGCUGGGGCUGGUGGCCUCUGUUCUGGUGGGUGUGUGGGUAAAGGCCUUGGCCAUGGCUUCUGUGCCGGUGUUGGGAAGGCUCUCCCUGGAGGAGGGAGCUCCCCGUGUUCCCCCAGGCUGCUCACUCCAAUGGAGCCACAGUGCCUACUGCCAGCUUUUUGUGGUGGUCUUUGCUGUCCUUUACUUCUUGUUGCCCCUGCUCCUCAUCCUAGUGGUCUACUGCAGCAUGUUCCGAGUAGCCCGAGUGGCUGCCAUGCAGCACGGACCGCUGCCCACGUGGAUGGAGAACCCCCGGCAACGCUCCGAGUCUCUCAGCAGCCGCUCCACCAUGGUCACCAGCUCGGGGGCCCCCCAGACCACCCCGCACCGGACGUUUGGGGGAGGGAAGGCAGCAGUGGUCCUCCUGGCUGUAGGGGGACAGUUCCUGCUCUGUUGGUUGCCCUACUUUUCUUUUCACCUCUACGUCGCCCUGAGUGCUCAGCCCAUUUUGACUGGGCAGGUCGAGAAUGUGGUGACCUGGAUUGGCUACUUCUGCUUCACUUCCAACCCUUUCUUCUAUGGAUGUCUCAAUCGGCAGAUCCGGGGGGAGCUGAGCAAGCAGUUUGUCUGCUUCUUCAAGCAGGCGCCGGAGGAGGAGCUGAGGCUGCCUAGCCGGGAGGGCUCCAUUGAGGAGAACUUCCUGCAGUUUCUUCAGGGCACUGGCUGUCCCACGGAGUCCUGGGUUUCCCGACCUGUACCCAGCCCCAAGCAGGAGCCGCCUGCUGUUGACUUUCGAAUCCCCGGCCAGAUAGCUGAGGAGACCUCUGAGUUCCUGGAGCAACAACUCACCAGCGACAUCAUCGUGUCGGACAGCUACCUCCGUCCUGCCCCCUCACCACGACUGGAGUCCUGAUGGGCUGCUGGACACUUGGAGGGAGAUGGGGCUGGGGGCCGGUUAGGACCGCAAGGAACUCCUUGUGGGAUCACCUUUUCCCAGCUAGCUGGGGCUGGGGGUCUCUGCACACAGCUUUCGCUUAGUGUUUUCUGGGUCAGGAACAGAGCCAACUGGAUGGAUAUGCGGCAAAAGCCUUGGACAUGGCUGUGAGCCUUGACAACCGGGGGAGGGAACCUGGUGAGAUGGUGACGAGAAUAAAGGGUCAAGAAGAGCUGGCCUCCCUGAUCUCUCUCCUCAUGGCAGUGACCCAUCGCCAGCCCUCUGGACAAUCGGGUACAAGAGACUAAGGUUGGGAAUGGGAAAGGUGGGGUUUCCAUGGUUCAUUAAAUGCCUCCCUACUCCCAUUCAUCGCUCUCAAAAUUAGCUUCAGUGACAAAGACUUAAAUCUCUCUCCUAUCUGCAGCCCUGGGUUGGAGAGGGGGCACGGUAGUUGGGCUCAGCUGUUCACUGAUUGAGACUGUAGGAACUGUGUUGGGUGGUCUUGGUGGUGGUAUAUUCAAGGGAGGGGGAAUAAUCGCAAACUGGACAGGACACCCAUCUAGGACUACCCGUCCGUCCACUUCCCUCAAUUCAAUCAGGUCACAUUAGAGAGUUGAGGCAGGACCACAUGGUGGUGUGAUCUGUAUUUGAACAAAUUCCUGGCUUGACUGAGCAUCAAAGAGGAAGAUGGCUUGG